UGUCCCCUCGGGGGCUGCCCUCACCUCCAGCCUCAGCCUCUCCCCGCGCCCCACACGGCCGGGGCAGCCAUGGAGCUGAGUCACAAGAAGAAGCUGCACGCGCUCUCCCUGGCCGAGAAGAUCCAGGUGCUGGAGCUGCUGGACGAGUCCAAGAUGUCACAGUCGGAGGUGGCGCGGCGCUUCCGGGUGUCCCAGCCGCAGAUCUCCCGCAUCUGCAAGAACAAGGAGAAGCUGCUGGCCGACUGGAGCAGCGGCACCGCCAACCGGGAGCGCAAGCGCAAGCGCGAGUCCAAGUACAGCGGCAUCGACGAGGCGCUGCUCUGCUGGUACCACAUCGCCCGCGCCAAGGCCUGGGACGUGACGGGGCCCAUGCUGCUGCACAAGGCCAAGGAGCUGGCCGACCUCCUGGGCCAGGACUUCGUGCCCAGCAUCGGCUGGCUGGUCCGCUGGAAACGCCGCAACAACGUGGGCUUCGGGGCGCGCCCGGGGCUGCUGGCCCCCUGCCCUCUCGAGCCGCCUCCCCCCAGACCCCCGGCCCGGGCCCCGCGGCCUCUCUCCCUGGCAGACUUCUCCCCAGAGGAUGUGUUUGGCUGUGCCCAAGUGCCCUUGCUCUAUCGGGCAGUGCCCGGUGUCCAAGUGGGAGCCUCUGAUGAGGUCCACGUGCUGUUGUGUGCCAACAGCGGGGGCACAGAGAAACGGCGACUCGUGAUCAGUGGGCCCCAGGCGGCUUCUGGAUGCUUCUUCGGGGUCACGAGUGAGGCUCUGCCUGCCUCCUUCCACUCAGAGCCGGGCAUCCCCUGGUCGGUGUGGCUGGCACAGCUUGACCGGGACAUGGGGCGGCAGGGCCGGCAGGUGGCCUUGCUGCUGGCUGCCCACACUGGGGAGGAGCUGGCAGGUGUCCCCGGGCUCUGCCAUGUGCGGCUCUUGCCUCUGCCGGCCGGUACCGCCCCCUCCCUGCCCAGGGCCGUGAUCCGAGCCUUCAAGACCCAUUACCGACUGCGGCUGCUGGGCAAGUUGGCCGCUGCCCGGGGCCAGAGCCCCAGCACAUCGCUGGCCCAGGCGGGCGCCCGUCUCACCAUCCUCGACGCCCUGCACCUGGCCGCAGCGGCCUGGGCCAAGGUCCCUCCCCAGCUCAUCGUGGGCAGCUUCAUUCAGGAAGGGCUGGCACGGGACAAGACGCUCCUGGCCCCAGCCCGUGCCUCUGCGAUGCCCCCGGUGCCCGGGGGGCUGAGCCCCGAGGAGUUCGCCCGCUUUGUGGACCUUGAAGACGAGCAGCCCGCAUCCUCGUCGUGCAAAGAGGAGGUAGGCGCCGCAGACCAGGAAGACAGUGCAGACAGCGGCUCGGAGGUUCUGCCCACCCACGCCGAUGCUCUCCGCGCCCUGGGCACGCUGAGGAGGUGGUUUGAGUGCAACGGCGCCUCCCCGGAGCUGUUUGAAAAGUUCUACGCGUGCGAGGAGGAGGUGGAGCGGAUCUGCUGUCUGUGAUGGCUGCGGGGAGCCCUCACAGCUCCCCGGGACGCCGUCUGUUGUGUUUCCCAUGGAAACGCCCAGGGACUGGUCUCUUUCCUGUGGAAAUGGAGCUUUGGUGAAGGGUGCAGAAGGGAGACGGGUGGGAGACCAAGUAGAAGUUCUGGGCGGAAGUUUGUCUAGGCCCCCCGAGAAGAAAGCCUGAAGAUGGGGUGCC